AUGUUCUCGACCAUCUUUAUCAUCAAUGACGCGUAUCUGAAACAUCUGCGCGGCAAGGAAACCCUCUCAGUCUACACCCAGUCAAAGACCACCGUCAGCGGCAAGGCAAUGACGAACUUCUUCUGUUCUGUGUGUGGGUCGCUCAUGUAUCGCACGAGCGAAGUGUUUCCGGGACACAGCCUUCUGCGCACUGGGACGGUCGAUGAUUUCAGUCUGCAUGAGACGAAAUUGAAGCCUAAGUUUGAGGCGUUCACCAAGGACCGCGCAAGUUGGCUUUGUGGCGCAGAGGGUGUUGAACAGUUUAGGAGGACGCCUCCAACGGUUGGGGAUACGGAUAUCAAGGCCUCGGCUUCAAGUACUUGA